AUGGGCCCUGUGAAAGAGAAAUCCAAAGGACCUGAGACCAAAGUAUUAGUCCUGAGAAAAGCGGCGGAGGCCUGGGCCAGGGCCUCCCGCCGCGUCCCCGCACCUCCCCCGGCCCUGGCUCUCCCCUCGGGCUCCCGGGGCACGGAUGUCGCGCGCUUGCGUCCUGCGGCCCGAGCGCCCGACCCAGACACCCGCCCCAGCAAACCCGGAGCGAGUAGGGGGCGGUGCGCCGGAAGGGAGGCGGGCGGGGGGCGUGGGGGGUCGUGGGCGUCGGCGGGUGGAGACGUAUUAGAUGUGACGCCGCGGCCCGGCGGGCAGCAGACCGGCGGACGCGGUGCCCGCGGUGGCUAGCGGUUCCCGGGUGCUGCGGCUGAGGGAGGCGGCCCUCCCGAGCGGCGGCCGCAGAGGCAUCCAGCCCUCACCCCCCGAUCCCGGACCGCCGGGCUCCCCGCGCUCUAGGGCAGGCGGAGAGGGAAGCGGCCGAACAGCUCCAGCCUGGGGGCUCGCGGGCGCGGCCGCGUGCCGCGGGGCGGGAGGCUGGGGGGCCGGGGCCGGGGCCGCGCCCGCGCCCCGGAGCGCGUCGGAGGCCGGGGCCGGGGCGCGGCGGCUCCCCGCGCGGCUCCAGGGGCUCGGGGACCCCGCCAGGGCCUUGGUGGGGCCAUGGCCGCCGGGAGCAUCACCACGCUGCCUGCCCUGCCGGAGGACGGCGGCAGCGGCGCUUUCCCGCCGGGCCACUUCAAGGACCCCAAGCGGCUGUACUGCAAGAAUGGGGGCUUCUUCCUGCGCAUCCACCCCGACGGCCGAGUGGACGGGGUCCGCGAGAAGAGUGACCCUCACAUCAAACUACAACUUCAAGCAGAAGAGAGAGGGGUUGUGUCUAUCAAAGGAGUGUGUGCGAACCGUUAUCUUGCUAUGAAAGAAGAUGGAAGAUUAUUGGCUUCGAAAUGUGUUACAGACGAGUGUUUCUUUUUUGAACGAUUGGAGUCUAAUAACUACAAUACUUACCGGUCAAGGAAAUACUCCAGUUGGUAUGUGGCACUGAAACGAACUGGGCAGUAUAAACUUGGACCCAAAACAGGACCUGGGCAGAAAGCUAUACUUUUUCUUCCAAUGUCUGCUAAGAGCUGAUCUUAAUGGCAG